AGUGCCACCACUACUUCGAUUGCCCUCUCUUCCCCAACCGCUCAUCCCUAGUCAACGUGCUCUUCUUUCUUUUCUUUUUUAUCAAUGCGCAGGAAAAAUAAACCAAAAUCCAGGAAAAACAAAGACGCGCACUAUGAGUGAUCUUGAGGAGAUGGACAGCGAGCGGCUGAAUGAACUAGAAUCGAUACUCUACGCCUCGAUCCACUACAGCGAUGGAACGGACGAGCCGAGGGCCGUGGAUCCGCCUGCUGUGGAGUCACCCAGCGACAAGGAUGCCAGGAGCAUGCCACCGCCUCCGCAGCAGAAGCAUCCGAAGCCUGGCCACCGCUUCGUCAGUGGAACGCGGGUGAUCAACAACAACAAUGCGGGCCCCAAGCAGAAGCCACGCUACUGGGCGGAGGGAGCAGAGGCCGCGGGGCAGGGGCAGGUGGUGCAGCCAGCGGAACAGCAGGAGGCCACAAACAAAACAAUCCCAGCUGCUGAAAUCACAGCCCCUCCAUCUCCCAAGAACUUGGAAAAGCCGAAGGACAAAAGUCCAUUGCUGUCGCCCAAAAAGGGAACGCCCAGCCAACCGAAGCCAGGAAACCAGCCUUCGAAGCCUCAACCGAGUCCUCAGGCAAAGCAACAGCAAAGUCAGCAUCCCAAACAGCAGACAAAACAGCAGCCUAAGCCACAGCAAAGUCCGCAACAAAAACAGCAGCCCGUUCAGAAGACGAAGCAGCAACAAAAUCAGCAACCCAAGCAGCAGCAGAAGAAGCCGUCGCCGAAGCAGUCGCCAGUAGUACAACAAGCCAAACCGCAACCAACCACACCCACCAAAGUUAAUCAGGAGGCAUACGAAGAGGAACGCUUCGACCAGAGGCUUCUUGUGGCCAUCCCACCGAACUGCCCGCCCAAAAAGCAAAACAAACCGCAGCAAAACAAGCAGCAGCAGCAGCAGCAGAAAAAUAAACAACCGCAGCAGCCGCAACAGAUCAAAAAGGAGCAGCAGCCAGGACCAGGACCUGGACCCUUCGGUAAGGCCAGUAGAAAAUUGGAGCAGAUGCAACGCCUGGUAGGAAAAAAACAGAAGUCCAAGCAGGCGCAAUUAAAUAAAAAGCUGCGCAAGCAAAAAUCAACGCCGGUGGAGUUUGUGAAUCUGGCGGAGAGCAGCCAAUCCUCUGAAGACGAUGAUGUCGUGCAUGUACCACUGCCACCGGCUCCUAUCAUUGAACUAGAUGCCAGCGAUGGGGAGCAGCCCUGCACUUCAUCACAGAUCUUUCACGAGGAGAACGCCAUGGAUGCGACGGAUGUGAAGAUGGGUUUGUCUUGUAUAACUGAUACCGAGGCGACGGGAAUGGUGACUGGCACUAUCACAUCCUCCGCGAACUCGCCCUGCUGCUCCGUUAUGUCAAGUGAUGACUUCAUAGUACAAAAGGAUACCAGUCGCUUGUUGGCAGAGCAUGAGAAUGACGACCUCCUGGUGCUGACAGAAAAGGCUAUACGAGAAUCUGUCCAGAAGGUGCCAGAUAAAGAGGUUGUAGAGGAAACACCCCAGGAUCAUGCGGCUGAUACCUCCUCGGAGUACGAGUUUGUCCCCCCUUCGCGUCUGGAGGAGAUUAAGCGGAACUAUCGUGUGGGCGAGCAGCAAUUCAGGGCUCUGGACGUUUACGAAAGUGAGUCUGAUCUUACCGAGAGUGGCAUAUAUUCGAAAGCCAAGAACAAGACGAUGCCGACAAUCAUACGCAGCGUAGACUCGCCAUCGGGCAGCUCCUCCGUGGAGGAGGUGGUGGAGCCCAGUGUGCAAAAGACCAAGCGCCUGCGUAAGCGAUCCACUUCAAUUAACGUUCAUAGCCAGUCUGACCCAAACAAUGAUGAUCUGGGUGAUGACACAGAUAGCGAGGAUGGAGUUCAUGCCACCGGAGUCCCUGGCAUAGCGCGUGGAAUGGCUGUGGAGCGAUGCAAGCGCAGGAUCCGUCGGAUCAGCAUCAGACAAAACUCUGACGAAAAUCCCAAGAAAGUUGCACGCAUCCAAAAACCCAAGGUUUCUGCUAGCCAGGAGGCCAGCUCUGAAUCCACUUCCGAGGAUGAGCUGCCAAGUGCCAGGGACAUAGCCGAAAGAUUACUCAAUCCGAAACCAGAUGGGGAGCCGGCACAAGAAGCCACUGCCGAUGACCUGGAAACCGUUUCCAUUGGCUCCGAUGCGAAUUCCGAAGCAGAAGAGGAAUUCCGCGAUGCCAUGACGGAUCGCUUAGCAGCGGUCUUUGAGCGCAUGGAUGCCGAGGCCCGAAAAUCGCAGGAAAAGGAACAAAUGGAUGCCAGUGGAUAUGCAUCCGACGAGGAAGAUUCCCGAGACAAAGUGGCAGAUACCACGGUGCAAACCGAGGAGGACUUGGAUGUCUCCAAAGAGUUGCAGGAGGCGGAUGCCGAGGACAAUGAUGCAGAUAUGUCGAUGGAGGAGCCAGCCAUCCAAGUGGAGCAUAAUUUACCACUUUUAGAAGACGACGACAGUCUGCCCAAGGGCGGCGAACUCAUAGGCUGGAAUGAGGAGAUGUGUCGUUUCUACAACGACAGCUGGAAUGGGGAACAGUUCUCAGUCCACAAGAUCCAAAAGAAAAUGAGUGCUCUUCGCCAGGAGUGGAGGCUUAACAACGCGGACAGGUAUCCGGUGGCACGACCCCGCUCCCACGCCAAGUGCACCAACUGCUUUGAAAUGGGUCACGUGCGUUCCAAGUGCCCGCGUCCCCGCAAGCCACUCGUGUGCUUUCUCUGCGGCACUGUGGGCCAUGCCGAACCCCGCUGUCCCAAUGCCAUCUGCUUUGGGUGCGGCUCCAAGCAGGCUAUCUACGUGCAGCAGUGCAACAAGUGUUCUUUUAACAGCCGCGUGGUCUGCCAGCUGUGCAAGAUGAGAGGCCAUGGCACAGAUCACUGCCCAGAUAAGUGGCGUCGCUACCACUCUACGACUCGUUCCAACGCGGAACUGGAGAGCAGGGUUCAUUACAGGAACGUUCAAUGCAGCUACUGUGCCGGACGCCACCUCUUCGAGAACUGCCGCCAGCGAAUUGGAGACUUUCGUGGCACCAAUUACACGAGUCAAAUUGUGUCCCACCAAAAGAUCUACAAAAAUCGCGGUGGACCCAUUGGCUAUCUUGGCGAUCUGAGCAGCUUCUUUGCCAUUGAAACACCCUUUCACUUCAAGUGGAACAGCCCGAGUAUGCCCAAAAAUAGCUACUAUGCUAAGUUCCUUGUCCAGGUCAACUUGGCAAAACCGCAGUCAAUUAAAAGGAAAUCAACCACUGCCCUGGCGGAGAUUCCAGCUAAGAUAUAUACCCAUGACUAUGUGCCCAACGCUCAGGUGAAGGCUGCUCGAGGAGAGGUAUCUAGCGAAACGGCUAAGAAAUCGGUUACCAAGCCAAAAGAGAAGCUUGUUAUUGAGGAAGUCAUAUUGCAACCACAAAGGCAGCAACCUGAGGAGGAGCAACCUGGAGAGCAGCAACCGGAAGUGGAGCAACCUGCAGAGGAACAAGAGCCUGAAGAAGAGCAGCCUGAGGAGCAUCAACCUAUGAAAGAGGAACCUAAAGAGCAGCUACCUUAUGAGGAGCAGGCAACGGAAGAGCCUGAUGAGGAGCAGCCUACGGAAGAGCCUGAUGAGGAAGAUCCAUUGGUAUCCAUUCAGCGUACAGAGAUUACCACCAACUUUCAGACUCCAGAAAGUGAGACCGGAAAAGCCAGACCAGUGGUGGCACCCCACGAGAUGGACUCUGAUUCGAACUACAGUUUUUCCGAGCACUUUGAGAUGCCCAGCUCGACGACUAGUGAAGAUCUAGACGGUCAGCCCACCAGCCAACUGCCGCUCAACCAUCCCAUGUCAAAUCUGCCCGAUGUUAUACCCCUUACGAUGGAUGAUGACUUCGAACUUUCCUCCAAUGUGCAGGGUAUAUCCAUGUGUGUGAACGCCACCUCAAGCGGUCGCCGGAGUGAUGACGAUCCUCGUCCGGAUUCCAGUGAAGAGCUGCCCGACAUCCCAAGCGAGGGCAAGAUCAUCAUGUCACGCGAUCAAUCAGAGUACCUGUUCAGCCCCGAAGGCCGAAAUUUCCUGGCUACCGCCGCCAAGCAGUGCCAAGUUAGCGUACGCAUGGACUUCAAGGACUACGGGUAUGUCCUCGUGAUCUAUGGCCUCAAGAAGAACCAGGAAGAACUGCAAGUAAAACUUUUGCGCCGUAACCAAGAGGUCAAGCGUAAGAGCAUAGAGUUCCAGAGCCAGAAACCGCCCAAGCGCAUCGAUGUGCUCAUCCGCUUUAUGCGGGAUGGCAUCAAUAUGCUGAACACCAAUCUGGGCAAUGCCAAGAACCACUAUAUGCGCAUCAAGGAGCUGGAGGAGAUGAACACCAAGAACGGUUUUAAGAUGGCAGAAAAGAAGCGACGCCAGCUGAACAUGAUCCUGGUGGGCCAGGCGGGACUCGUGAAUGGCAAAACCCAUCUGGAUCAGCUGCUGGUUUUGUUGCGCAGCUUGAUUGAUGACUACUCGCCGGAUGAAAAUGCCACGCCCCAAAUGCGCAACGAGAUCGAGGACCAUUGGCGCAUGAUCUUCACAGCCUAUCCACAUCAGAAUUACGACUCUCUGAUCAACAGUUAUGGGCGUCUGGAUCAAAAGAACCGCCUGCCCUCGCUGCACAUAGAUCCUGUGCUGCUGGGCUUGCAGCAGAAGAAAGUACAGAGCCAGCCGCAAUCGCCGACCAAGCGUCCUUCUUCGCCAACGCCAGCCCCGCCGACUUGGCAGCACAUGGCUCCACCUCCACCGCCUCCCAAAAUGACGAAGAAGAAGCAACGCCAAGGGCAGGAGCAGCAGCAGAAACAGGCUCAGCAGACGCAGCAGAAACAGGCUCAGCAGACGCAGCAGAAACAGGCUCCGCAGACGCAGCAGAAACCAAAUCAGCAACAGCAACAGCAACAAAAUUCACAGCGACAGCAGCAACGUCUGCAGCAGCAACAGCAACGCUUGCAACAGCAAAGGCAGCAGCAAGGGCGUAUGGAACAGCAGCAGCAGCAGUCACAGCAGCAGGCAAAGCAGCAACACAUUGCAAUAGCUAUUCAGCAAUAUCAGCAGAGGAACAACCAGCAACAGCAGCAGAACCAGCAACUUCAGCGUCCGCAAUUCAACCAGAUGCCCUGCAACAAUCCGCAGCAGCGAUCGCGAACCGAUCUCCAGCUGCGCCAGACCCUCAAUCCGGAGUGCGACCGCCUGCUGGCUGAGGUGGAUCACAGCGAGCACGGAAGCAUCAAUACGGACGCCAACAAGGCGUCCAUGUUCUGGUCCCGCGAAUCGCUGAAGUACCUGGACGAGCUGUUCAAGAUGACCUCCAAUGCGGACACCAUGGAGCGACUCAAUCGGGUGCUCCAGCGAUCGCAGCGUGGUCUGUUGUCGCACAACGAUUACCGUGCGGUCAUUCGACUGCACUCCCUGCUGUGCAACUGAGGAUGGGCCAUGGGCUGGGGGGUCACUUUAUUUUCCUGGGGGUCACUUUCAUUUUGUUUAACAAAUGCCAACAUAUUUCACAAUGGGUAUCUGAAAGAUAUUACCUAAAAACCGAAUAAAUACAUAACUGACUUUUUUCA